AGCCCGUGUGACGUGACGCACAUCUUUGUACGCGGACGCGCCACAGUGGAUGCUAAGCUACAUGAACGGUAACUCGUCCGUGGCGCACAUCUCCGGUGACCCUCUUUGCUCGGCCAGAAACCGACCUGGCCUGCGCCCAAGACUUCGCUACACUAUUCUCGUAUUUGUCUGGGAUGUAUGGAUGGAUAGUCGAUGGAAUCUCGUCUCUUUUUGAGCCCUUGGCUGGGCUAAUCCCCGUGGAGGAGAGGUCCACGCUACACGCUGACAGCAGCCCGCCGCAGCAGAGGCUCGACAGACCGGCCAAACGUCACUACCAGAGUGUUGAUGCUGCCUGUGUCACCCAGAGUGACCCCAUCGAGCCAAAGAGAAGCAGACGAGAUGUCGUGGUGAGCUUUGUGAAGAAGACUGUCGCUAGCGUGGCAGGUUUGCUCAGUCGGCAGAGACCACAGAUGAGCCGUUAUGAGAAGCACAGACUCUUCGAGGACUCACAGGGCGUUUCUCUGAUGGGAAUAGAUGAGCUGCAGACUUCGUGGAGAACAACGGAGUGGAGAAUGGGUGAGAACACGUCCUGGUGUGAUAAAAGCAGAAAGGAGAGAAAGUCUUCCCUGCCCAGUUCCUCUCCUCCUCUAGUCAGAAGAUUCAGUGGAACAGUGCCGUCUGCAGGGCUCCCUGACAUGGAGAGGAAGGGGUCCCUCCAGCUGCUUCCCUCACGAACCUCUGUGAAGGUCGGGACUCAAAACGCUGACCUGCCUCUGGCUCUGGGACACAGCCGGUUCUACAAGCCCAGUCUAACAGUGGAAGAGGCCAUCAAGCAGAACAACAAGGAGCAUUACCGGCGCCUCCUGGAGAUGGUGACGGAGAAGUACAGCAAGAGUCAGCCGCUGCCAUUCAAUCAAACCAAACCACAGGAGUUGCUGUCAAAGGGGGAACAUAAGAAAUCCUCCUCUGGGAGAGCGUGUGACUCGGCGCAGACCUGGACUGGCUAUUCCGCAUCCUCGAAUGUGUUUGCAUGGAGAAACCCCGCAGCGACGAAAGAGAGGAAGGAGGGUCUGACUCUGAACAAGCCGUUCAGCACGGCCCUGGAGGAGGCAGAUCAUGUGUGGCGUGUGAAGCCCACCAUGGCAGAGCUGGACCUCUCUGCUGAAGUGGCAAGUCGCCUCCACCUGGAGAGCAAGGAUCCUCCAGGCCUGCUGGAGUCCACCCACACUCACCUUGCUCACGGACGGCAUGGUGAUGAAGAGAUACCUCGACUCACCAAGGAGAUGGCUGCUCAGGUCAGCACCUCCUUGGCUCACAAGGACCCCAACUUGGUGUUGAGCUCCGCGUUCAAGCUGCGCAUCACCCCGAGGGACCUGGCCACGCUUCAGGAGGGUGGCUGGCUGAAUGACGAGGUCAUCAACUUCUACUUCUCCCUGCUGAUGGAGCAGAGCAGCAGCCGGUCCGCAGGCCCGCGGGUCUACUCCUUCAGCACCUUCUUUCUCCCCAAACUUCAGGGCGGAGGACACCCUGCUGUGAAGCGCUGGACUAAAGCCGUGGAUCUCUUCCUUCAUGACCUCAUUCUGGUCCCUCUGCAUCUCGGCAUCCACUGGGCGCUGGCCGUCAUCGACCUGAAGUCCAAGACGGUGAAGUCGUAUGACUCCAUGGGUCAGAGGCACGACGAAAUCUGCGCUCUGCUCCUACUCUACCUGCAGGAGGAGCUGAGGAUCAAGAAGGGCCGAGAGCUGGACUGUGUGAAGUGGACCGUGUGUAGCGUGCGAGCUUCUGAGAUUCCCCAGCAGAGAAACGGCAGCGACUGCGGUGUUUUCGCCUGUAAAUAUGCCGACUACAUCACAAAGGAAAAGCCCUUCACCUUCAAACAGUGUCACAUGCCUCUUUUCCGGAAGUUGAUGAUCUGGGAAAUCCUUAAUCGAAAGCUGCUGUAAAGAAGAAGAGUCAUGCUGCACAAGUCAACAUGCCAAACAGAACUGAAACUCCGGACGACUGAGACGCAGAGCUCCACUCAAAUGAACGCUGGAGCUCUGAUACGGAUGUGUUCUCCUCCCUUAGACUGGAACUCCAUUUGUGGUCUAUUGCCCCAAGUGCCUUCUCUGUGACGUCACUUGAAAGUGACAAGCGACAUGGAACGGUUUUACCAAGGUCCAUACACGUUUGCUUAGAGCAUUGAAUGAGACGAAAAUGGCGAACAAGAUUUCUGAUGUAUUGUUUAUUUAUUAGUGGCCUGAAUCAGUGCAAAAUUCGAGAGGUUUUUGUUUUUUUCUUAUGUAAAAUACUUUCUUCAUUGGACAUCUUUCCUCUCGCAUCGACUUGCAGUAUUGUGUACUGUUUAGCAAGCUACUGUACAUGCAUGCAUGUUUUAUUUCAUGCUUUAUUAAUGUGAUCUUUUCUUCCUCUGAAUUAAAAAAUAUUUU